AUGUCUGCUUCCGCCCCAGUGCCAUCGAAGGCCGCAAUCCAUGCGCUACGGGGUCUUUUAUUCGGCACUUCGUGCUCCCUCGUGCUGCUGGCAGAGGAACGCCGCCAACGCAUCAAGAUCGCCCGGUCCGCUGUCGAGAACGGGAGGAAACUGAAGUCCCUGAAGCGAUACAGCACCAAUGGACGAGCCGCCAUCCAGGCGCUGCAGGAGGAAGUCCGAACAGACCCCGACUUUGUGGGCUGGUCGAGUCGGUCACGAAGCAAGUGCUCUCUCGAUUUGGACAAUGUUGCUCAGGAUCUCGGGCCCGACCCACGGCGGCCGACGAGACCAGCGAAACAAACAAAAGAUCGAGAAAAACCACAACCUUCCACGACAACAUCCAGCUCAUCGACCGAGCACGCGACUCUUCCGACCCCUCAUCGAAGGUUCGCUUCUGAUCUCGCGAGAGGACUGGAUCACGAAUCGUCCUGGCCCAGUUUCUCAAUUCGACGUGACUCCAUGCGGUCGGUGUCUGGUGCCCGUGGAGUUGCGCAACACAUGUCAUAUCACACAGAUUGGAAACACAAACAGUUGGCCCUGGUUCUGGACAAUUUCCGGGAAGAAUUCCCCCAUCUUUGCAGCGAAGAGGAGAUGGGCCACGGUUUCCCGCCAGACUCGGAUCGUUACACUCCACAAACGGCUGUGAGUCUUGUGCGCCAAGUAUACAAAUCGGUCGCCAGUUCUCGCGAGCUUCCCGCUUGGUUCAUCGACUUCUCUUCGAGCUUAUGCGUCGCUCUUCAGCGGAUAAGUCAGCAUCAUGCAGCAGCAGAGAUUUUAGCCAUCGUCGUUGAGCAUGGACCACUGAGUUUGCGCGAUUAUCUGCUCCAUCGACCCCUUAGGCUCAUUGCGGCCCUCGCAUCUGGAAAGUACACCGAGCAGCUGAUGGGAAAGAACCUCUCGGCUCGGGCAGAGUACACCAAUCGAGUAAAAGGGCUCUUUCUGGCUCAAAUAGUUGACAUGGCCCAAAUUAUGCCCGACGUCCUAGCGCCUUACAUCAACACCGGCCGAAAGCUUAUCGUGAUGGCUCUGUCGCUGAACUGCGGUGCCCAGAUCAUGAAGGUCUUCGGCCGAGUCAAGUACAUUACAGAAACCCCGACACCUGAGAUCAUCUGGUUCAUCGAGCGUCUUGUGGAGUACAAAGAACACGCACUGGCUAUCGACACCUUUGCCGCAUCUUACGCUGGGCUGAAUGGAGUCACGGACACCAAAGAGAUGUGCGGUGUUAUAGUUGAUUGUAUCGUCAAGUCAAAGGGCUAUGCGGCGCUCGAGGUUCUGAACAACUUGAAUCAAAUCAGCAAACGCGACGGCUGGCAUGUCGACGUUACUUGGGUAGAUUCUAUUCUCUGGUCAUACUGGAAGGCCUCGGAAAACUACAAAGCGACGUUAAAACUCAUCAAUCAUGUGCAGGAUAACGGCUUCUACGGCAUCAAGGAUACAUACGAGAUCCGGCGUAGUAUCGUGCGAAUCGGCCUUGAGGGGAAUGAUGGGCAAGCGGCCCAGUUGAACUUUGAAAAUCUUUCCACCGAAUAUCCCGCUGCUCGAAACGAUAUGGAGCUUCGUGUUGCGUUGGCUCGGCGCAAGGCCUCGUCGGGAGACUGGGCCGGGGUGCGCGCAGAAUUCGAAGCCAUGAAGGCUACGACGCCGUUCACUCAACAACAGCAGAAGAGUUUCAGCAACAUAUUUACCGACGUCCUGCAAAUUUAUUCGAAAACCCACACAUGGGGAGAAACCGAGACGUUCCUGGAAACCUACGUCCAAGAGCUCGACGUGGCGCUCAACAGCAACCUAGUCAGGUUCAUCGCCAACAGACACGGCAGGUGCCGCGAUAUCAAGGCAAUGGUGCGUUGGCUUGAGUUUUGCAGGAUGGCCGGAUUCCACAUCGAUCUGGUCUUCUGGCGCACCCUCUUCCAACGCUGUAAGCGGGAUUGGAAGUACGGCGAUCGCGACUGCCGAGAACUGUACCGUGAGAUGACCAAAAGCAUCACCGACCCGCAAGAGUUAUCCGUCGCCUCCAAGGCCUUCAAGGAGUUGAAGGUCGUGCGCUGGGACGAACAACUCGCCCUCGUCCGUCUCAAGUCCCAUCGGCAUAAUCCCGCCGAUAAACGCCGCACACUGGACCGUAUGUGCAUUGAAGCACAACACGAGAACUGGGCCGUCGUGCAAUCCAUCUACAACCGCGCCGUGCACAACGGCAUGGGCUACUCGAGCCGUUGUCUCCACCUGGUCGUCCUCGCAAACGUCCGCCUCAACGGCCCGCGCUGCGAAAAGGCCAGCAGCCUCCUCGCCAGAGCGCAGGCGGAAGGCCACGACAUCAGCCACGCUGUGAUGCCCGUUAUCCUCGCCAAGUUCGACGAGGUCAAGGAGUGGUAUAGCGCGCACACCGACAGCGAAGGUCGCGGCUGGCCGUUCCGCGCCAUCAAGACCAUCAUCUCCGAAUUCGAGGACAAGGGCAUCCACAUCGUCGAAAGGGUCUACAACCGCGCCGCCGAGAUCUGCAUCGCCCUGCGCAACUAUCGCGAGGCCAUCGCCCUCUGCGUCACUGCCGCCGAGAAGAACGGCCACGGCGACCUCUGCUACAGCCUCGGCAACUUCCGGAACCUCGUCUACGCCUACACCGUCCGCCACGAGUACGUCAAGCUGCGCUGGGUCAUCUCCCAGCUCGUCAACCACCACUACCGCUUCGAGCACGGCUGCCGCCAGGUCCUCAACCGCUCCAUCCACUACCUCAAGGUCGCCUCCCAGAUCCCCAAGGCCGAGGAGUUCGUCCGCGCCGACCUCGAGACGCUCGAGUACGUCAGGCGGGCUCGUGAACUCAUCGGCAGGGAGCACCACAUCGCCAAGGCCGAUGCCCAGGAGGAGAUCAUCGACGCCGCCCUGCCCGGCCGCACGCGUUCGGAAAGCGAAAGAGCCGAGGCCGUGUCCGAACGCGCGGCUUCAUAUCUCAAAAUCGUCGCCGAAAAUCGCGAGUUCGAGGCCGCCCGGCUGGCAAGGUUGGAAAUGGAGGAGGAGGAGGUGGAGCGCGGGGAUUACGAUGGCUCCCCUACGCCCUACCAAGAAGAAACGAGUCUCCAUAGGAUGCAAUCCGCUGAAGUUGCGUCUUACUGA